AUGAGGGGGGACCCCGGGGGUCCCGGGGGGCUGCGGGGGCGGGGCCGAGCCGCGAGGGGGCGGGGCCGAGCGGUGAGUGACGGGGCGGGGUGGGCGUGGCCUGGCGCGGCGCGCGGCCGCCGCCCCGGUCACGCGCCGGGGGGCACGAGAGGAUCCGGGGGGGAUUGGGGUCUCGGGGGGCUCCAGAGGGUUCUGGACACGGGCAGGCCCAGACUGCAGGCGGGAACGCCUCGGGCUGCGGGUGCCCCAGAGGAACGGGGUCCCCCCAAUCCGGGGGGCUCACCCCGAGCCCCGGGGGGUCUCAGGUUCGUGCGUGACCGCGUGGAGCGCUGCGGGGACCCCCAGGCCGUGGCGCUGAGCGUGGCCGAGCUGGGCGAGCCCCAGCCCAGCAGCCCCGACACCAAACGCCUGAGCGAGUGCCUGCGGCGCAUCGGCGACGAGCUGGACAGCAACACCGAGCUGCAGAGGAUGAUCGAGCAGGUGGGCUGCGACGCCCCCAAGAAGCUGUUCUUCCGCGUGGCCAGGGAGAUGUUCGCCGACGGCACCUUCAACUGGGGCCGCGUGGUGGCCCUCUUCUACUUCGCCUGCAAGCUGGUGCUGAAGGCUCUCUGCACCAAGGUGCCCGAGCUGGUGCAGACCAUCCUGCGCUGGACCAUGGAGUACCUGCAGGAGCACGUGCUGGCCUGGAUCCAGGCCCAGGGCGGAUGGGAAGGGCUCCUGUCCCACUUCGGGACCCCCACCUGGCAGACCAUCACCAUCUUCGCCGCCGGCGUGCUCACGGCCUCGCUGACCAUCUGGAAGAUGUCCUAGAUUUUGGGGUGGGGGUCACGUUUGACCCCCCCGCGACCCCCGGGACCCCUCCCCGGACUGGCCCUGCCGGCAGGGAUGGUGCUGACCCCCCCAGCUCCUCGCCGGGGGGGUUUUUAACCAACGGGACUCGCUCGCCCGGAUUUUGGGGCGGUGGUCCCGCUUUGGGGGGGGGUCCACCCUCCCCCAGACCCCCCCUCAGCCUUUCCCAUAAAUGUCCCGAGGUCGCAGCUGGGAUUUGGGGGGGAUUUGGGGGGUGGAGACCUCCCCCAUUCUGGGAUUUGGGGGUGGAGACCCCUCCCUACUUUGCCCCUCCUUGCCCUCAGUUUGACCCCAGGAAUUGUGGUGCUUUUAGGGUGGGGGGGGGUCCU